CUGCUGAAUAAACAGCAAACGGAGAAACGACGAAAGAAAAAUCUUACAAAAAAGGAGCAAAAGAAAGUCAAGAUGGUGUUUGCAAAGUUCAGUUUUAUUUUACUGCUAGUGUUUAAUUACGUGCAAGCCGACAUGCACGGGAAGCUGCUGGACGAGACGGAGGAAACGAUGGACCUGGAGGCGUAUCAUCCAAAUCGCGAUCUUCCAAUACAGAACUCGAUCGUGUCUCAUCAAAGGAGACACUCGAAAUCUAAAAGACGGAUGAAACGAAGAUAUAAGUGCUAUAGCUGCGAGCCGCCCGACUGCCUGGACACGACGGCUCAUGCCCAUCUUUGUCAGAAUGCGAUCCAGUGUUGGAAGUCACGAAUCCGCGAUCAGUUCGGUCACGAAAGUGUUUCCCGCGGAUGUACGACCAUGCACGAGCAGCUGCCGCUGUACUGCAAUCAAAAUCUGAUGACCAGCAGCGGUCCGAAGAAGCGACACGCCACCGGAACGUACAACAUCGAGUGCUGUACGGGGGAUUACUGUAACAAUGGAAGCUUCCCGGCGCUGCCACCAAUCGAAUAUCCGAAUGAUGUAACGAAGCUGGAGUCGUCCUCGUACUUAGUUAAAGUGAUCUUAACUUUCAUAAGUGCAUUCGCUGUGGUCGCCAUUCUUGUGUUUCUCUAUUGUUUCCUCCGGCGGCGAACAAAUCAAAAACGGCUGAUGGUUACCAGGAGCAAACAUGAUCCGGAAACGUACUACGCAAGUGAUGAAAUUCGAGCUACCAGUGCUGGCGACAGUACUUUGAGGGAAUACCUACAACACUCGGUAACCUCCGGAUCGGGCAGUGGUUUACCGUUGCUGAUCCAACGGACCUUGGCCAAACAGGUGUCUCUGUUCGAGUGCAUCGGCCGAGGAAGGUACGGCGAGGUGUGGCAAGGUGUUUGGCAUGGUGAAAAAGUGGCAGUGAAAAUAUUCUUCUCCCGUGACGAAGAUUCGUGGAAGCGUGAGACCGAAAUUUACAGCACUGUUCUACUGCGGCACGAAAAUAUUCUCGGCUACAUUGGUUCCGACAUGACGUCCCGUAAUUCGUGCACCCAGCUGUGGUUGAUCACCCACUACUACCGGCAAGGAUCGCUGUUUGAUCAUCUGAACCGGACUGCCUUAAGCCACAAUCAGAUGGCUAACAUUUGCCUCUCGAUUGCCAACGGUUUGGUACAUCUGCAUACCGAGAUCUUUGGAACUGAGGGCAAACCAGCAAUCGCUCACCGUGACCUGAAAACAAAAAAUAUUCUGGUACGCAACAAUGGUACCUGUGUGAUAGCCGAUUUUGGCCUUGCAGUGACCCACAGUCAGACGACGAACAAGAUCGAUAUGGGCAAUACGGCACGGGUCGGAACCAAGCGAUAUAUGGCACCGGAGGUGCUGGACGAAAGUAUCAAUUUGGAAUGCUUUGAGUCACUGCGUAAGGCCGAUAUCUACGCAAUCGGACUGAUAUUCUGGGAAGUCUGUCGACGGACACUGUCGAACGGUAUUGCCGAGGAUUACAAGGUACCUUACUACGAUUGUGUGACGUCCGAUCCCAGCUUCGAGGAGAUGCGCAAGGUCGUCUGUGUGGACAACUACCGGCCCUCGAUACCGAACCGAUGGUCGUCGGAUCCGCCUCUCGAUGGCAUGGCCAAACUGAUGCGCGAAUGCUGGCACGCAAACUCCAACGUUCGACUGACGGCACUGCGAGUGAAGAAAACGCUCCAGAAACUGACCCGAUCGGACGAGAAGCUCAACUACGAUCACGAUUUCGAUGGCGACAUCUGUGUUUGAUGACGGCCUCCCAAUGUCAGUCUCCGAGGCGUCGUAAUCCCUAUCACCUGUGCACUGUGUGCUAUUUUGCCUUCGAUUGGCUACGAACAACAGCUGCUGCUGCUACUGCUGCUGCUGUUGGUAGAGAAAGUAUCAGAAAGAAAUAUAUCAUUUUCGUAGUAAACAUUACUCCAUGUUCGAAUGCGUUUGAUCGAUUGACGGUCGUAGAUGAUCUUACGAAUGUUUGUAAGAAUUGUCUAUUGCGCCGGUGUUUCAAAUGCGAGAAAAGAGAUCAUUCAAAUCCGUCUCAUAGAUGUUCCAGUGAGUAUACUACGCAAUGCCUGUACAUAUUUUUACAUACUUUUAUUAGUCUAGGAUUGUUGACCGUACAGAUAACUCAAUCUUGAAUAAAAUAGUGGGAUUUCAUUGCCGUAUUUUAACUGUACAAUUUUGCAUUCAAUUCGAAACUUUUUUCAGUUAUACAUUCAUCCUUGGUUUCUGCAACAGGUUAUCUACAGUAGGUUUUUUUUCAAUAGGUUCUUUUUUCUACUUUCACAAAUCACAUUUGAUUAACAUUAACAUACAUUGAACAUAGUUUAGUCUGUAACAGUCGAAAUAGGAUACAAAAUCAGAAAAUGUUCAGUAUUAUUAACUGAAUGAAAUAUGAUGAUAGUAAUAGAGAAAAGAAAAAAAAAACAAUGCUAUAAGCGAAAAUAUUAAGUGAACGUAAUAUUUACAAACACCAGAAAUAAAAAAAUAAUAAUUAAGAUGAGAAAUUCAUCAAAUCUUAGAAAUAGAACCAAUCUGUUGAUCUUAGUUAAUUACAAAACAAUAACAACAAGUGAUCGAUUCCGAUACCGGGACAAUCUAGUUGCUUGAGAGCAAUACAUACUUUUUUUUUCUUUUGAAAAUGAAAUAGAAGAAAAAAAAGAAGAAACGUCCAAGUGCCAUUGAAUACAUGAUUAAAUACUUCAAUCGAUUGAAUUCGCAUCCUAAAAAUGAAUUGCGUGUUGUAGCGAAGCAGUUUUGUACAUAACACAUUCACACUGACCGCGACUGGAGAAACAAUUCGAAAAAAAGGUUGUUUCAUACUCGAUUCGGCACUUACCGUACUUCGGUAAUCGGAUUCCAAACCGAAGAGUGUUUUUUUUUCUUUUUGUAUGGCUCUAACACACUUAUGAUAGUUUGAAUUGCAGUUUUACUACAUCAAUAAAAAAAUACGUACGUGCGAAUAUCGCCUUAUUCGUGUAGCAACAAGAAAAGUAUAAUUUAAUGCAAAUAUUUAUAUAUCCAUAGUUUUCUAUUAACCCAGACAGAGUAAAUAGAUGGAAAUUUUGUUUUCAUCGGAUAGCAUUGUGUAAGUUGAUUUUGAAAACCGAAGAAAUAAAUGAUAUAUGUAUUUAGUUUA